CACGCAAAUAUCUCAUCACUUCGUCUGCUCCAAUCGUCCUUACCCAUGUAACUGGGUAGCCAACUUGGCUGAAAGGUUGUUCAAUUGACUUUUGGUAGCAUGUAGUAUACACAUGCCGCAACAGCACAAAGGCAGACGUCUUGUUUCCUCGGCGCAUAAUGACAGAGCUAUUUUGGUCUGGCGUGCCGAGAGGCAGCCGUUACAGAAGUGAAAGACGUACGAUAUACACCAUUACAUGUAAAUAGCCGGGACAAGCCUUGCUUGUGCCAAACCAACUGCUAAAGCACAGCCCUCUUGCCUGCUUUGCAAACACCAACGCGUGUCAUUAGAUGCACUCUUCCGUUGCAAAGGUGGCAUGGCUUGAUUCACCAGUUGACGCAGGUACCCCGUUGACUGUUGUCGUUGCUGUCUCCCAUUAGUUCGUAUUUGCCAGCGACCCUAGUACACGGCAUCCAUCAAAGCGAAACAUGUCCGCGGUGAUUUGUCAGGUAACGUAGUUAGAAGAAAUCCUCUAUCUCUCAUGGUUCUACUCGUUUGAUCUCAGGGAAGAUUUUCAGAUAUCACAGGUUCCAAAUAUUCACUCGCCGGUAAUCGUCGACGGCGGCGGCGCCCAAAAAAAGACGUACUCUUCUUGCGAUUUGUCAAGAGUCCUACCGUUGCGCUCACCCACCCGCCACCAGAGCCCCAGAGUGGAUACAGCGACAUGGGCGACCCGCGUAGAGUGGCAGCUGCUCACGAUUCUCCACGCUGCGAGUCGUGGAGGUCCGACGAUCGGUACCUAAUUCACCUUGACCCGGCUUGAAGAUUGACAGGCCAGACAACUUGAAGCGAAAACAAGAAAUGCAUGUCGUCAUGAGAUGGGAUAGCACAUAAACAUACGGAUCACGGCACAAUGCACCUCACUUGCGCUGACAGAGCCCAUCAGACGGAGAAAUUUGACAAGACGGAUAUCGCGGCCCCGUACGUUGAGCCUUUUCCUCUUGCCGACGAUUCCGCUAGUUCCCUCUAGACCGUGUAAUCGCUCAGCAAACUUCUUACACUGCCCCCAACUAUUAAUACCUACAAUGUGGGCAAAAGAGGGAAAAAUGGUGAUGCGGAGAAUCAUCCUGCCGGUCUUGGCCACCGGGCUCAGCUGCGAAUGCCCCACGAAGACUUUGGAAUCCGCGGGGUCAGCCAACGACCAAGUACCUGAACAAAAACUACAGACGUCCUUCCUCCUACGGUAGAAUGCAGCAGUUGCGGCGCCUUGCGCCACCACAUGCUAACCGGCGCCAUGGCUAUCCGUCGUUCUUGUUCUUUGGGGCCUCGCAUCGAAAAGCGGUGCACCGGCAGCAGAGGCAAAGAUAGAACGGCGAGUUCCUUGAAUGGCUGCGUCGCAAUUUAUUACCCGGGCAGGUGUAGACGCGGCUUUGGGUCUUCGGGGGCAUAGCAUAGUCGAAACUUUGACCUAGCGCAAUGCCACGUUUUACGCCAAUGGGCCAAUGGGCCACUGAGCUACAUAGUAACGGUUUGACGGUGUUUGGAGCUCGGAUAGAUGAGCGCGCGGUGCGGAGACAAAGUCUCUCGGGAGUAGCAGACCAGGCUGUGGUGGUUUGGAGUUGAGGGGGUGGGUGGAUGGCAGCCAAUGUCUUGCAAGCAGUGGCAUCCAGGUGAAACUGAUGAUGUCCUCCUCCUGCUUCUUCUGCUUCUUUUCUCGGCAGUCGGACGCCAUGGGAGUUUGUUGUCACCCUGCUAGCAAAGCAGACUGACCUGGGUGCUGUUCCCGUGGCAUGGGCUGUGUCGUGAAUCUGUGGCCAUCUCGCCCAUAAUCGUCCGCCUAGUCUGCUUUCGUUCAGGUCAUGAAUGGCUUGGCUGCUGCUUCUGGGCGCCAUGUCGACCGGGGUGUAGGGUCUUGGGCGUCUUAACUGGUGGUGGCUCAGCAAGGGUAAAGCUUGUCAUGGGCCAGCGGAUGCGACACUGUGCGCCUUCGCUCUCUGCACUGUGGGUUAGCGCCGAUGACAGCGCAGGCGACGGGAAUGACAGUUUGCUAGCCACACGAAUUUAAUUUUUGCAAUAAAAGAUACAUUUCAUGUUUAAUUCCAUUGUGCAGUCAAGUAUCUUGUUAUUUCAAUAGACUUCAUCUUGUACACCCUCUGUAAGUCACUGUGAGAGGAGAAUGGAUUACCAAUCGCCUCACAAAAUGUCUUCUAUUUAUAAACAACUCUGCACUGUACAACAGGAGUGUCGUGCAAUUGUGAAACUUGGUGUGUUUGCCGCUCCAAGACAGGCACAUGGGCAAAAUUUGAGACACGUAAGGAAACACAAUAGAAGCAGGGAGAAAAAAUAAUUUCCUGGCUUCGUCACCAUUCAGAGAAGCAUAAAAAAUUAUGGCACUGGACAAGGGCAUAUGGGAAAUUUCGUUGCCGAUAUGCGCGAUUGCCCAGCCUCCCCGCCUCCCACUUGUAGUGCUACUCUUGCGGGUAUAUCUACACGCAAAGAGACAACACCCGUGGCCCUAUCUCGCCGGUGCGGGGAUACCUUCUGCAGAAUGAGCUUAGUGCGCUUUGUAAUGAUACCUGAGCCGGGAGGUACUAUCUAUGUUAGCCCAGCACUUGAUAGCGCAGCCAAGAGAAAGAGGCUUGGGGAUUAGAGUUUGUGAAGCUGUCAAGCUAAUGGGUUGAGGCGGAUGGCGCAACGGGCACGUGUGCCCUAUCGUCUGGGUGAAUGUGAAAAUGUACCCAUCAUUCGGAAGUGACGGAGAACAGUUACCAUUGCUGCAAAAGAGUCAAUUCAGUCAGUCUGUCGCAGACGAGUCGAUGUUUGUAGCGUUGCAGUCGGGUACCGCAGAGGUAAACGCUAAGCCAGCUUAGUUAGUUCGCAUCUGUGGUUGAUGGAGGGGGGUCAGUCACUUGUACCGCCAUACUUGGCAUAUACGUAUCAGUCUAUAGUACUGUGUGCAGUACAAUACUGAAUGCGGGCGCUGUAAAUUCUCCGUUUGCCAAGUGGUUAUCAAACCUUCUAGGCUUCGUCCCUUGUCUACUGCGGCCGACUGUCUGCACGCAUUACGCAGACAUCGCCGCCUGUCCCCCUCAUACUAUAAACUCAUCGUUUCUUUUUUGUCCACUUCCUGUAGUCCGCAGCCAUCUCACGAGUGCAUUAAAUCCCGAGCCGGGCAACACCACAUCAUGCAAUCACACCCUUCCCGCCGCUGCCGCACCACCUUGCAACCGUUUUUAACCUGCUCCGGCGAUAGCGUGCCCCCCAUCAACAUGCCCGUGCUGCACCGAUCGACCCCACCUCUACCACGCCAGCCAACCCACCCACCUGCGCCGUAGCCACGGCUGACCUCAACCGCAAAACCGGCACAGCCAGCAACAGAAGCAGUAAGCAGCCGAGCUCUCAUCUCAAUAGCGCAUCAUGGCUCCUACAGUACUUCCCGAAUCGGGAAAUCCUUUAACCUUUUUCGACAUCACGCUUGGAGGAGAACCUCUUGGCCGCAUCACAUUUGAACUCUUCAAAGAUGUAACACCCAAGACAGCCGAAAAUUUCCGCCAGUUCUGCACUGGCGAGACCAAAGACUCAGCUGGCCGUCCUCAGGGCUACAAGGGCUCCAAGUUCCAUCGAAUUAUUCCCAAUUUUAUGUGUCAGGGAGGCGACUUCUUGCAGGGCGAUGGCACUGGCUCUACCUGUAUCUACGGACUCAAGGCUUUUGAAGAUGAAAACUUCAAGCUGAAGCAUGAGCAACCUGGAUUGCUCUCCAUGGCCAACGCCGGCCCCAACACCAACGGCUGCCAGUUCUUCAUUACCACAGUUCCCACUCCCUUCUUAGACAACAAACAUGUUGUCUUUGGCAAAGUUGUUGACGGUAUGGACGUGGUGAAGAAGAUGGAGGCAACCAAGACUGGCUACCGUGGCAAGGAUGUGCCCAACAUGGAUGUGGUUAUUGCCCAGUGUGGUGAAAUGUAAAACAAAAGGGGAGACAUGAGACGCAAAAUACAUAUAGUUAACGACAAUACUUUAAAUGAGAAACUAUAUACCCCAUCCAUCGCAGCCACCAAACGAGUGCCGUUGACCUUGUUGGAAGAUGAAAAAUGGGCACAGUAUAUACUCUAAAAUAACACAAAAGAAGGAGAUACUAGACUAUAAAACAGGAAAUAAAUCGUGUAUAGUUAAGCAUGAUAAACAGAACUUAACAGUGGGGUAUGCAUGCAUGUGCUGUUACUUCCAGAGCACCCUUACAAUGCACGAGCAAUCCUCCAGCGACGGCGACGAACAGCUGUGGGAACCGGAGCAAUGUAGACGCCACCUGAAGCAGCAGGAAGUUCGUCAUUUACACUUGUAGUGGGUGAAGCUGGUUGGGAGGUUUGGCUUGUCAGCUGCGGAGGUUGAUACCCAUUGGUAGGCUGUGACUGUAUGUGGGACGUGACUGUCUCACGCAGUAUGGACGUGUCCGCCGGCAUAGAGAGAUAAACGGUCUCUGUUUUCGUAACGGCAGGGGGAGCAACGGUGACAGUCUUUGUAACAGUAAUAGGGCUUUGUGUGGCGCCAAUUGGUGCAUCUGUUGGGGCUGUCGAAGCCGACGAUUCCACUGGGUUGUUGUCACCGUUCGAGGGAUUCUUUGCAGCACCGUUGGCGUCAAUGUUGACUUGGUAGUUGCUUUUCAUUUGGCUCUCAAUAGCCAUAGAAUAUAUGUUCUGUUUUGCAACAAAUGACUGACCAGCAGCCUUGAGCUUCGAGCCACUAAGAGCAGGCGACGUGAUCUUGAUGUCGAUGGUGCUGGCAUAGCUUUCAUUGCGUGCAAUAGCAGCCAUGGUGAACCCGUGAGGAUCUUUUUCUCCCCUCAUAAAGGUUCCAGCCCAUGGGUAAAUGCCGUUCUUUGUAGCGUCCAUGUUGAUUGCCUUUGCGUUGAGAUCGGGCCAAUCCCAGUACCAGUAGAUGGUGUAGAUUGAUCCAGGUGCGAGGUCCGAUGGCAGCUUCACAUCUGAUUGGCAGAUAAGCUCUCGACCAUGCUGAGCACCGUCACUAGCAAGCUUCUGGGCACGAGACGUACUAAUCUGCCCGCUGUUUGGCUGAUAGCAAUUGCCGUCAUCGUAGUUGCGAGUGGCAAGCAACACGCCCCGUUUGUCGCCGCCGGUGCCAUCCCUGUUCCAGCGAAGAUGAACAUCAAACAGUUUCUCUUGAGCGUUAGGUUUGGAUGUACCAUAGAAGAAAAUGGUACCGCGGUUAUGCGGUUUCAGAGGCUGGUUCUGAGGGAGCGAGGUGUGGCCGUUCUCCAUGUGAAGGAUAGCAAUAUGAUCGCCAGCGCUGGCCUGCAGCAUCGGCUGGGAAGGGUUCGCCUGAAAUGGAUACUUGUUGAGAAUCUCAUCUCCGCUGUACGCUGAUUGGCCUGAGAGAGGUAGCAACCACUGUGGUAUCUUGUCGCCCCAGCCAGCCGUGGUUCGAGGAACCCAGCCUCGAGCAUAGCCCAAAGGGCCAACCAUGGUGCCAUUUGGGGCAAUCUUUUGUACUUGUUCUACCCAUGAAUGAGCAGAAGUAGAGCUGGUGAGUGCCAGCACUCCUGCCAGGGUGAAAGUCGAUUUCAUUGUGGAGAAGAAAUGGUGUGGUUGGAGUGUGUCGUCGAUUCGUUUGAAAAGAUCAGUGUAUAUUUCGAUGUUGAGAAAUUCAAUUUUAAGCAGUUCUUUGUAGUUUUAGUUUUUUGGAAGAGCUUGUGGUCGCGUAUUCAAUUAAAGAAGCGCUGUUGAAGUGUAAGUGAAGUGAGGGUGAGUAGUGGAUAAGCGUGGAUCCAGGUGAUGAAAGCUGAGUUGUAUUCGAGUUUGUACUAUUCGAGUUUAGGAUUCGACAUAAGAGUAGAGGUGGAAGAGGAUUGAAGAUUUGGUCCGAAGGAAAAAGGAAGAACCAAGAGUCGACGAACAGGAGUCGAGGCCGAGCCAAGACGGGACACGGCACCAACAGGCACCAGGGAACAGAGUGAUGACGAGGAUGAAAGAAAGAAAAAUUCUCUCAGAGAGACCGUAAGAACUAUCUUUGGAAUCCUUCGCUAAGAAACACUGGGCGGCUGUACUGUUCUACAGCAGAACAUGUGGUCUGUGGCGGCCCAUGGCACAGGAGAGGAACUACAGGCGACCGGCAGGCCAUCUUGAAACGUCGCCGGCCAUGCAAGGUAGUGAAAGAACGAAGAACAAUGGCCGAGAACACCCUCGUAUUCUGUUCGUCCAUUGUUCUUCUGGGCGGCUAUUCCCGCACAACCAACCCUUUG